AGAAAAAAAAGAAAGAUAUUCCUACUGGGCACCUUGCCCCCCUCGUGUCUCGUCAGGUCGUCCCACCUGCCGCGCCAAUUCCCAAAUCCAGCAAACCCAUCCAUCGCCGACGGCGAGCUACCCGCGAAGCCCAACGCCGCACGCAAUGCGCCUCCUCCUUAUCGCUCUUGCCGCGGCGGCGACAGUCGUCGUCGCCGCUGGCGCCGAGCCCAUCCUCCGCUUGGUCACGGACAUCCCCACCUCCGUAUCAGCAGGCGGCGCCGACGCUGACGCGCUCUUCUGCGACAGCUGGAGGCUGUCGGUGGAGACGGGCAACACGGGGCCCUGGCGCGCCGUGCCGGCGCGCUGCGGGCCGUUCAUGCGCGAGUACAUGGAGGGCGAGCGCUACGCGUCCGACUCCGCCGUCGCCGCCGCCGAAUCCCUCGCCUUCGCCGCGCAGGCGUUCGCGUCUGGCGAGGGGGGAGCCAGGCCGGCGUGGGUGUUCGACGUCGACGAGACGCUGCUAUCCAACGCGCCCUACUACGCCGUCAGCGGAUGGGGAGCCACACAAGCAUCAGUGAAGCCAGUCUUUUCUCCUCGCAAUUCCCAAUAUAGCAAUCCAUCAUCAGCAACUCCGAGCCACAGUGCAGAGGUCUCCAGUUUCUUAGCAUACGGAUUGCAGGAAUUCAAUGAGACCUCAUUCGAUGAAUGGGUAGAUGUAGCGAAGGCACCUGCAUUGCCAUCUAGCUUGAAACUGUAUAAUGAGCUUAAGGGACUUGGUUUCCAUAUUAUCCUCUUGACUGGGCGAAGUGAAUUACAACGUAAUGCUACAGAAGACAAUCUUCUGUUUGCGGGCUACCAUUCAUGGGAAAAACUUAUACUGAGGCAACCCUCUGAUAUUGGCAAGACCGCUGUACAAUACAAAUCAGAGAGACGAGCAGUAAUGGAAGCAGAAGGAUUCAAGAUACUUGGAAAUUCUGGGGAUCAAUGGAGUGAUUUGAUAGGACUUCCCAUGGCAACGAGAUCCUUCAAGCUUCCAAACCCAAUGUACUUUAUCAGUUGAUUUUAUUGGUGACAGUGGAGAAAAUAGAUAUUUUAGUGCAACACGCCUACGAUUUGUAUGCCCGCACUCAAAGUUAUUUCAUUUGGCGGACUUAUUUUGUUAAAAAAAAUCAUGAAUCAUGAAUGGUGAACUUUGUCUUCAAUCCUGGGGUUGGUACCAGUCAAUUUACAAAGAUGUUUGGGCAGUGGACCUUUCGCUCAAAAUAGUGUAUGUUUUGUGUAUUAUGAAAAGCGCUGGGUGAUGUGAAUGUUCAGAUGCACCAGAUAGUACCAGUCGAGGUUCAAGCAUACAGUAUGCUAGUUAAA